AUGUCUACCAGCGCUGUCACUUCUCUCUAUCGUCGGUCGCUAAAGCUUGCGCUUGACUGGGCAGUUCACAGGCAGCUGUGGCGCGGACAGGCAGUAUACAUCCGGUCACUCUUCGAGGCAAACAAGGAUGUGCGCGAUCCUCGCCAGCAAAAGGUGCUCCUGCGUGAGACCGAGAAACUGCUAGAGACCUGGAAACAUCCCGAUCCCUACAGAGCGCCCACUGCCCCUGGUGGCAAUAAAUAUGAGCGAAACCUCCCUGCACGCAUACUGCCCUAUGCCUCGGGCAGCCAUUAA